AUGACAGACAGAGAGAGAGAGGCAGGGACUGAAUCUGACCCCCAUCAGCGGCACAGGGAGAGGCCCCAGUCGACUGUGACCAGCCCUGGGCUGCGUCACCCGGUCUCCGAGCCCUCUCUCGGUCACAGGCAGCCGUCCCGCCCUGACGCUCUGUCCCAGUCCAGGACACAGGGACGCCUCUCCCGCCCAGGCACACCGAGGGAUCUCCCCCUCUCCCGCCCAGGCACACCGAGGGAUCUCCACCUCUCCCGCCCAGAGACACCGGGGGAUCGCCACCCUCCCGACCAGGAACACCGAGGGAUAUUCCUCUCUCCCGACCAGGCACACCGAGGGAUCUCCACCUCUCCCGCCCAGAGACACCGGGGGAUAUCCACCCUCCCGACCAGGCACACCGAGGGAUCGCCACCUCUCCCCCCCAGCGACACCGGGGGAUCUCCACCUCUCCCCCCCAGAGACACCGGGGGAUCUCCACCCUCCCGACCAGGCACACCGAGGGAUCGCCACCUCUCCCGCCCAGAGACACCGGGGGAUCUCCACCCUCCCGACCAGGCACACCGAGGGAUCGCCACCUCUCCCGCCCAGAGACACCGGGGGAUCUCCACCUCUCCCCCCCCAGAGACACCGGGGGAUCUCCACCCUCCCGACCAGGCACACCGAGGGAUCGCCACCUCUCCCGCCCAGAGACACCGGGGGAUCUCCACCCUCCCGACCAGGCACACCGAGGGAUCUCCACCUCUCCCGCCCAGAGACACCGAGGGAUCGCCACCUCUCCCGCCCAGAGACACCGGGGGAUCGCCACCCUCCCGCCCAGAGACACCGGGGGAUCUCCACCCUCCCGACCAGGCACACCGAGGGAUCGCCACCUCUCCCGCCCAGAGACACCGGGGGAUCGCCACCCUCCCGACCAGGGACACCAAGGGAUCUCCCCCUCUUCCGUCCAGGGACACCAAGGGAUAUUCCUCUCUCCCGACCAGGCACACCGAGGGAUCUCCACCUCUCCCGCCCAGAGACACCGGGGGAUAUCCACCCUCCCGACCAGGCACACCGAGGGAUCGCCACCUCUCCCGCCCAGAGACACCGGGGGAUCUCCACCUCUCCCCCCCAGAGACACCGGGGGAUCUCCACCCUCCCGACCAGGCACACCGAGGGAUCGCCACCUCUCCCGCCCAGAGACACCGGGGGAUCUCCACCCUCCCGACCAGGCACACCGAGGGAUCGCCACCUCUCCCGCCCAGAGACACCGGGGGAUCUUCACCCUCCCGACCAGGCACACCGAGGGAUCUCCACCUCUCCCCCCCAGAGACACCGGGGGAUCUCCACCUCUCCCCCCCAGAGACACCGGGGGAUCUCCACCCUCCCGACCAGGCACACCGAGGGAUCGCCACCUCUCCCGCCCAGAGACACCGGGGGAUCUCCACCCUCCCGACCAGGCACACCGAGGGAUCUCCACCUCUCCCGACCAGGCACACCGAGGGAUCUCCACCUCUCCCACCCAGAGACACCGGGGGAUCUCCACCCUCCCGACCAGGGACACCGAGGGAUCUCCACCUCUCCCGCCCAGAGACACCGGGGGAUCUCCACCCUCUCCCGCCCAGGCACACCGAGGGAUCUCCACCUCUCCCGACCAGGCACACCGAGGGAUCUCCACCUCUCCCACCCAGAGACACCAGGGGAUCUCCACCCUCCCGACCAGGGACACCGAGGGAUCUCCACCUCUCCCGACCAGGCACACCGAGGGAUCUCCACCCUCUCCCGCCCAGGCACACCGAGGGAUCUCCACCUCUCCCGCCCAGAGACACCGGGGGAUCUCCACCUCUCCCGCCCAGAGACACCGGGGGAUCUCCACCCUCCCGACCAGGCACACCGAGGGAUCUCCACCUCUCCCGCCCAGAGACACCGGGGGAUCUCCACCCUCUCCCGCCCAGGCACACCGAGGGAUCUCCACCUCCCCCGCCCAGAGACACCGGGGGAUCUCCACCCUCCCGACCAGGCACACCGAGGGAUCUCCACCUCUCCCGCCCAGAGACACCGGGGGAUCUCCACCCUCCCGACCAGAGACACCAAGGGAUCGCCACCCUCCCAACCAGGAACACCAAGGGAUCUCCCCCUCUUCCGUCCAGGGACACCGAGGGAUCUCCACCUCUCCCGACCAGAGACACCGGGGGAUCUCCACCCUCUCCCGACCAGGAACACCGGGGGAUAUUCCCCUCUCCCGACCAGGAACACCGAGGGAUCUCCACCUCUCCUGCCCAGGCACACCGGGGGAUCUCCACCCUCUCCCGACCAGGGACACCGAGGGAUCUCCCCCUCUCCCGCCCAGGCACACCGAGGGAUCUCCCCCUCUCCCGCCCAGGCACACCGAGGGAUCUCCACCUCUCCUGA